AUGGCGCUCUCUUCUCUCCGCCUUCGGAGGGCUCUCGCGAUCACCUCCUCCUUCGUCAACCACCGCCCCUUCUCAGCGGCGGCGUUCGUGUCCCCGUAUUCCGAGCCCAACUUGAUCCCCUCCUCGAAGCUCGGGUCCUUGUCGUCGCUGAUGCGUCCAGGAAGCCCCCGCGGUCGUCCGAACUGCGCGGUACAGUCUCUCUCUUUCCGGUCCUCGGCCCCGUCGUGCGAUCGCCGGUCGGGCGAUGGCGACGACAGGAAGAUCGAUCCGGAUGAGAUUCUCUUCGAGGGUUGCGACUACAAUCACUGGCUUAUCACGAUGGAAUUCCCCAAAGACCCCAAGCCCACGCCUGAGGAGAUGGUGGAGACCUACGUGCAGACGUUGGCCAAGGUCGUGGGGAGGUAAACUCGAAAUUUCGUCCUUACUUUUAUUUUUUUCUCCUUCUAUGGCAACUACGGUGAAGUGAUGAUUAAGGCUGAGAAUUUCUUGUUAGGGUUGCUUCAGGGAUACCCCGUUUUGUGGUUUUAUUUAUUUCUUUCCACUCAUCUAUUUUUGCCUGAAUGAGGGUCAUUUGUCUCUGUUAUUUUCCCUUAAUCGGCGUUGAGAAGCUCUUAUCUGGCUGGCUCUGAUGAUCAUCUUUUGGCUUCAAUAAAUCUAUUGAUUAAAUUUAUUUUCAGUGUUCUUGUUUUUUUUUUGUUUUUUUUUUACCAGCAACUUCCUUGGAUUAUAAACUUCAUGUCUCCUUUGUGCUGUAUUUCGCCCUAGCUUCUCAAUUUUGGAUAAAUUUAGGACUUUUUUAGAGCGACAUACUAAUCUGGGUAGGUGUUGAUGUCAGUGUGGAGGAGGCAAAGAAACGAAUGUACGCAUGCAGUACAACGACAUACAAUGGAUUUCAGGCUGUGAUGACUGAAGAAAUGUCUGAAAAAUUCAGAGGUAUGAUUUUUUUUGCCGAAUCCCCCCCCCCCCAUCACCCUUCUUCUUUUUUUUCAAUCUUAACGUGAGGAUUGACCACUUAACCUGGUAUAAUGUUUGAUUUGUGUUCCUGACAAUCAGGUCUACCUGGAGUUGUUUUCAUUCUACCUGAUUCUUACAUCGAUCCUGUGAACAAGGAGUAUGGAGGUUCGUUUGUUUCCUCUUUACUAAUUUUGAUUAUCUUUUUAAUGAUCUGUGCAGUUCAAUUGACCCAUAAAAAUGGAAAUUCAUCUGAGGUAUCUAUUGAUCACUUCCCAUGAUGAUUGACCUACCACAACCCUGUGCAUUUCAUUUAUUCAUACUAAGGAUUCAUCUGUGGUUACACUCUGUUCCUCUUUAUGAAUUAAAAAAUAAAAAAAAAGUUUCAACUGCAUCAUAAAAUUAGUAUUCAUCUGGGACUCUGAUCAUUUAUUUAAUUACAUACUAUUAGGAUCUAGCUGCGAAUUCACCCAUGCCCCUCAUGAGGAGCAAUCAGCUUUGGAAUAUUUUUUACCACCUUCUUAGCUUAAUCAAAUUCCUCGUCGACAACUACUUUUCAUGGUUGACCAACCCGUGCAGUAUGAACCAGCUUUCCAUUUAUUUACCCCACCGGGCAUCCAUCCAUGCCCAACCCUCUGCUUGCUCUUCACGGUCAAUCCCACUCAUCCAUCAGACAAAGGAGGGCUUGGCAACAGCAGUUCACCCGACUUCGAUUGUCCUGAUAUUCAGGUGAUAAAUACGACAACGGUGUCAUCACUCCUAGGCCUCCCCCAGUGCAGUAUGGGAGACAAGGCAGGUACGGCGACCGGAACAGGAACUACGACCGACCGAGGUUCGACCGGCAGCAGCAGGGCGGCGGUGGGCCCUCCUUUGACCGCCAGGGCCCCCCUCCUCCUCAUGGCGAAGGAAGGAAUUUCCCACCGCCACCAAACUACGGCGGCCCCUCUGAAAGAAGGGAUCAUUUUCCUCCUCCCGGCGGAAGGGACGGCUUCCCGGGAGAGAGGAGGGAGCCAUCUCCCCAAUUCCAGAGGGGCCCCUACCAAGGCCAGGAUGGGAGUUUUCCUCAAGAAGGCAGAGACUUCUCUCAAGGGCCCCCCAGGGGAGGUAAUUUCCCGCAGGGUGGCCCAGAUCACAGACGAGGAAUGGGUUCUGGUUAUGGCGGAGGUUAUCAGCCACAGGGGCCUGGAUCCGGGCAGAGUCACCAGGGUCCUCCUCCUGGGCAGAACUUCUCCAGGCCCGGAGAAGGGUACCCGCCGCCGCCACCGCCGCCUCCCUUUGAACAGCGCGGCUGGGAUGGGCCGAACCAGUCUGGAACAAACCAGGUAUUCUUUCUACUUCUGAUUUUGGACAGACCGACCAGCUGA